AUAAAAUCAUUAAACCCUCUCAACAAUUUUAUCAUCAUUUUGUUUCUCAAUGCAUUAAUUCAUACUCUUUCUUCACAUCUUUAAUCUUCUUCCAUUCCUCAUGAACCCUUCAGAAACAAUGAAGCUUCUUAGGAAAAAGCUUUCUCUUCCAAUCAUUAUUACCACAAUCUGCAUUCUUCUCUUCUCUAUAGUUUUGUUUGCUGAGAGGCUCAGUUUCAUUUCUUCCACUUCUAUUUUCAAGUUCAAAACAUGCCCUAGAAAGCACAUCAAAUCAAAAUCUAAUGACAGAAAAAUUGAGGAUGUGGUUUUAAAUGCCUCAUGGAUUGAUGAUAGGUUUGAUUUUGAUCCAGAAGAAUGCAAUGUUGCUAAUGGAAAAUGGAUAUUUAACAGUUCAAUAAAGCCUUUAUACUCAGAUAAAAGCUGUCCAUACAUAGAUAAACAAUUUUCUUGUGUCAAGAAUGGAAGGAAUGAUUCUGAUUAUCUUCAUUGGGAGUGGCAGCCAGAAGAUUGUACCUUGCCACAAUUUAAUCCAGAGAUAGCCCUCAAAAAGCUUGAAGGAAAGAGGUUGCUAUUUGUAGGAGAUUCACUUCAAAGAAACCAAUGGGAAUCAUUUGUUUGUUUGGUUCAAGGUAUUAUACCGGAAAAGGAGAAGUCAAUGAAACGAGGGCGCGUUCGUUCGGUCUUCAAAGCCAAGGAAUAUAAUGCUACUAUAGAAUUCUAUUGGGCACCAUUUCUUGUGGAGUCCAAUACUGAUAUUCAUAUAAUAGGGGAUCCAAAGAAGAGGAUAAUAAAAGUUGAUGAAAUUACUGAGCGUGCCAAAAAUUGGACAGGAGCUGAUAUCCUUGUUUUCAAUACCUAUGUUUGGUGGAUGAGUGGUCUUAGAGUUAAAGCAUUGUGGGGCUCAUUUAGCAAUGGAGAAGAAGGGUACGAAGAACUUGAUACAUCAAUUGCUUACAACUUAGGUUUGAGGACAUGGGCAAAUUGGGUGGACUCAACUAUCAAUCCAAACAAAACUAGAGUCUUCUUCACAACUAUGUCCCCUGCACAUACAAAAAGUGCUGAUUGGGGAAACAAGAAUGGUACAAAAUGUUUCAAUGAAACAAGACCAGUGAAAAAGAAGAAUCAUUGGGGAAGUGGUUCAAAUAAAGGUAUGAUGAGUGUUGUAGCCAAAGUUAUCAAGAAAAUGAAAGUUCCAGUAACAGUCAUCAAUAUUACACAAAUUUCUGAGUAUAGAAUUGAUGGUCAUUCCUCAGUUUAUACUGAAACUGGUGGCAAAUUGUUAAAUGAAGAGGAAAGGACUAAUCCAUUGAAUGCUGAUUGUAUACAUUGGUGUUUGCCUGGUGUUCCUGAUACUUGGAAUCAAAUAUUCUUUGCAAUGUUGUGACAAAUUAAGAUUUUAAGACCCUUUUUUGUGACAUGAAGAUGUCAAUUAUGUAAAACUAUGUGUUACAUGUGUCACAAAUGUCUAAAUGGAGAAAUUGCACAUAUAAGAUGGUCA